GUUGGCCAUGCACAAUCACAACAAAAUGUCCAAUGUUGUCCACAAGCGUCAGCUUCCAGUCUUACAACUCCAUCGAGUUUUGGUGGGAGCUUCGUGAGAAAUGAUGCCAUGGCGUAUAACAGGAGUCGUGCUACCAGUCCCGUUACGCUUUGCAAAGCUGCUGUUCUUAUACCUCUUUUCGAAAACCGAGAAGAUGGCAAGAUACAUUGCUUGCUGACCGUUCGACCGUCGCACAUGCGAGCUCAUGCAGGAGAGGUGUGUUUCCCUGGCGGGAAACUAGACGAUGGGGAGGAUGUCGUGUCUGCAGCGCUGAGGGAAGCAUGGGAGGAGGUCGGACUUGCACCCAAGGUAGUGCGUGUGCUAGGAACAAUGACCCCGACCCUCUCACUUCAUCUCUACGAAGUUACACCCGUGGUAGCUGUUAUACCUCCUGACUUCGUCGCACAGCCCAACCCUGAGGUGAUGAAAGAGCGAGAGAAAUGGACUCGGAUGACUACCAUAGUGACAAAUUACUUGUUCCCCUUUGUAUUAUUACACCUCUUGGUGUCAAUCACAGGAGGUUGCCGAGGUAUUUUCUUGUCCGCUCAGCCUCAUCAUGUCCCCAUCACCUGGCCAACACACAUGUCAAGAUUUGCACUGGUUUAGCGCCUGGCGGAUGCACAAAUUUCGGCAUGCAGAUAAAUGGGAUGUGUGGGGUUUGACAGCUGAGACCCUGCUUCGACUUGUCAUCUUUUGCUUUCCUGAGCACCCUUUCCCAUAUGAAACAUGUCAUCCCGACGGAACACACAUGGAAACAUGGUAUCGAAGGGUGCUGGCACUCCCAGAAUUUCAUGAGCAAGCACAGGCAGCUGAAAGUAAACGCGCAAGAAAAGCAGGCAGCCGCGCUAAUAGACAAAGCCGCAGGUCGCUCACAGGUGAAAAGAAGUCUUAGCUGUGGAGUUGGGGAAUGUUC